AUGAUUAAACUCUUCAUUUUCUUCUCAAUUCUUCCAUUAAUCUCUUCAAAUCAUCAUUUACGUUCAUUACCAUCCAUUGAAAUCGAUCCAACAAAUUAUGCCAAUUCCGAUCUCAUUAUUCACAAAUUUGCCUCCUUCAAAUCUUUUCGUUGUCUACUACAAACCGAAUCGAAAUAUUUCUAUCUCGACUCGUCAUGUCAGUUACUCACUCGAACAUCUCUCACUACAAUAUGUCCAUUAAAUUAUACCUUGAAACUCGAAGUUGUCUC